AGAUUGCGUAUGCGCAGCCUGUACACCGUCGGCAAGUGAUCCGGUCAGUUCGCCACUGAUUUUCGAGGACUCGACGGCGUGGUCAAGACUUGAGGAGCUUGACCCGCUCACGAGAGAGGACUUCGCCUGGAUGCCUCUACCCUCGACCGGAACCUUGCCAAGGCCGCAUUGCAACGCCUUGAUGGCAAAUCUACGCUUCUACUUGCACACUACAGUACCAGCUACGUUGACGGACGACGGGGUAGCGGUUGCCGAUCUCCGCUCUUAUCUUGCGAAGAUCGACCGCGAGCACGCCACCCAAAGAUACGCCGAAACCGACGCACCUUUGCUCUAUAUCCGCAUUCAAAUCGGAAAGGCAACCUGUAGUGCCUUGAUUGAUUGCGGAGCGUCUCGCAACUUCAUGAGUGAAGCCUUUAUGGCCCGCGCAGGUCUUGGCCCGCGCGUUCGAAGAAAGACGCAACCUACGCAAGUUACACUCGCGAAUGGCCGCACGCAAAAGUCAAUUGACCGAUGCGUUGACGGCGUUCCRGUCUACUUUGCGCCACUUGCGUGCGAGCCGGUGUCUUUUGACAUCCUCAACACCAAGUUCGACAUGAUUCUAGGCAUGUCUUGGUUGCGUAGCGCCGAUCAUCCGGUGAACUUCCAUGACCGAACCGUUCACACCCGUGAUCGGAACCGAGUGUUAGUCCCAUGUACGGUCGCGACCCCUCACACUUCGAUUACUUGUCACGUGGUUUCCGUUGUGAGAAUUCGCGACACCAUUGCUCGGAAUGACAUCGAGGAGAUGGGCCUUGUAUUCUUGCAUGCUCUCCCCUCGACGGACGGACCAGCCGCGUCACCGCCAGACCCACGCAUUCCUCACCUCUUGGACGAGUAUAAAGACGUCUUCGAGGCUCCCACCGGAACGGUUCCGSAUCGGCCCAUACGUCACGGGAUCACUCUCGAGGUGGGCGCCGUCCCUCCUCGUGGAUGUAUCUACCGCAUGAGCGAAGAGGAACUCGAAGUGCUUCGCGCACAACUCGAUGACCUUCUCGACAAGGGUUGAAUUCGCCCUGGUUGCUCGCCAUACGGUGCACCUGUUCUCUUCGUCCGGAAGAAGAACAAAGAUCUACGGUUAUG